AAUAGCAAUGGAUAGCAACAGCGGACACUAGUUGGCAUUUUGCCUCGAAAAGCCCUUGCAUGAAUGUAUUUGAGAAGCCAGUCUGUGCUGAGAUGAAGAGCUGAAUGUCCUGCCAGCGACGGUGAAAAUGACACCGAGAUGACUCACCAGUGGCUUGGACAUCUAUGAUUUGACAGAAGAUGAGGCUUGCUCAGUUUGUCAGACUUGUCAUCGCUUGUAAUGAUCGCUACUGUAGUCACAUAAACCACACUGACAUGGACGACAAACUAUUGUGAAUCAUGCUUGUUGCUUUUUGCACAUCGCACUCACUAAAAAAACCUACAGCAGAAAUUAUCAUUUAGUUUGUUUUGAAUGGCUUUCAGUUAAUCAGUGCUGACGAUGUCACUGGGUGAGCAGUCUCAAAAGUGGUUUCCAACCCAUGUCCAAGCCACUGUCCUUCAAGCAACCGGUUUACAGCCCAAAGGCAAAAAUGGCACCAAUGAUGCCUACACCAUCAUCCAGCUGGGCAAAGAGAAGUACUCUACGUCGGUGGCCGAGAAGACGCUUAACCCUGUCUGGAGAGAAGAAGCCUCCUUUGAAUUACCCGGUUUACUUCUGGAGGGUAACCCUGAAGUGUAUGAACUCUGCUUCAUAGUAAUGCAUCGGUCCUUGGUUGGGAUGGACAAGUUCCUGGGUCAGAGGUCCAUCAACCUUAACGAAAUAUUUGAUAAUAAGGAGCGAAAGAAAACUGACUGGUAUACUUUGGAGUCCAAGCCGGGGAAGAAGAGGAAAGAACGAGGCCGCAUCCAAGUCAGCAUCCAGUUCAUGAGGAACAACAUGACAGCCAGCAUGUUCGACCUGUCCAUGAAGGAAAAGCCACGCUCGCCUUUCUCUAAACUGAAGGACAAGAUGAAGGGUCGCAAACACGACAGCGGCUACGGCGACACAUCUUCAGCCAUCCUGCCUCGCUCCGCCAUGUGCGACUCGGAACCCAGACGUCAGUCGUACGCCCCGGAACCGCAGCCCCAGCCCGAAGCCAAGGCGAAGAGGCCGCUACUCGCCGGUGCCCACAAGCUAUCCGCAGCCCAUUCCAUGUCGGACCUCAUCGGGACCCACUUCCGCCCCAAACUGGACUCCAUGAACUCCAUAGAAGAGAGCGGGAGUGCAGCCGGCCCUCACAGGCGUUCCCAGAGCGAGGUGCCAGGCUACCAGGACGGCGAGGCACACAGUGACCCUUUCACUGAUAUCAGUGACGCCCUGCCACAGAAGUAUGCCACGCUCCCACGCAACCGCAACCCAUUUGAGGGGGAGCACGGGCAGCUGUGGGACCGGGCGGAGCGGAAAGAGAAAAAGGAGAAGGUCAGCCUACUGGAACGCGUGACGGGAAAGAAGGAAGGACGCAAGACCAGCAACGGGGGGCGUUCGGGUAGCUCCGGAGACUUGCGUUCCCCCAACCCUUUCAGCAGUGACUCACAAGCAGACACUAACCCGUUCAUCUCCAACUACAAAGCCAGUGAUAAAAAAUCAACAGGAAAUGAAGACAUCACCUUUGGCCAAAGGAAGAAAGACAACGGCAAGAAAAAAGAGGCGACACAAGAAAGCGUGGCAGCCUAUAGAAAUUUGUCAUUUGAAGAAGUUGUGCAGGAACUCAUCAAGCAGAAAGAAGUGGUGAAAAAGAAAGACGCCCACAUCAGGGAGCUGGAAGACUACAUCGAUAACCUGCUGGUACGCGUCAUGGAGGAGACGCCUAGCAUACUACGGACACCCUAUGAGCCAAAAAAGAAGGCAGGUAAACUUAGUAAAAAGUAGGAGGCAGCGACACCGAGGAUGAAGGUUACUAGUAAGGGGUGUAGCAGUAGCUCAUCUAUCAGUAUCAUAUGAUAAAAAUAAGUGGGAACAAAUGGGAUUGAUCAAAGCCAAAUUUAUGAUUGAGUUAUUUCUUUACCGUAGAACAUUUUUAUUCAACGGAUGUAGUUUUUAUAGACACUUUUUUUAAUGUUUGAGUUCUUUUUAGUUGCAGUUCUUUGGCCUCUCAUCUGAAAUCUCAUUCCUAUAUUUCAACCUUUUAAAUUACAUUCUUUAUAAAUGUUGCGGUGCAUUUUUUUUAGGUACUCAAACAGGAUGAGAGAAACUCAUUAGUUGAAAUCAAAUCAGUAUUUUUCUCAAAGAUUAGGUUUAUGUAUAUCGUAUGCACUUGUGAACCCACAGACUGUUGCACAGACAGCUGCCAUCAUCUGCCCAGAAGCUCUUAAGGUGCAAAUGCAGCCAAAUUCAUGUUUACCAGAUGCUGUAAAAAGCAUUUGUGUGCCGUCUGCUAAAAGGUGGUCAAGGGGGGGCUGAAGAAAUAAAACUGUAAUUAUCGGUGUUUACACUCAAGCACAAGUCUUAAACUUGCCACAUAAACCACGGUACACAUUUAGCUGGGCAGUAACGGCUUCGUCCUGAGCUUCUUCCUCAGCUGUGGGUGAUGGGGAUGAAAUCUGCUCUCCCACACAGCAGAUUGAGUGGUUCAGAUAUUCUUAGAAAGGCUGCAACAACGUAACGGUAAAAAAGUUAAUGGACAGAGUCUGCUUUCUCUCUAACAUACUGAAUCAUGCAUUAUCUAAAAACAAAAAAAGAACAAAGUUAACAUGCCUGUUAUCAGUUACUGGCUUUUAUCUUCCUUUCAUUUAAUUGUGAAGACUAUCAUUUAAGUUUCUUGGACCGAGGGUCUCGCUGGGGGUGAUCAUUUUACUGACUUUAAGUGC